GAGGAGACACCGAUAGCCUGAGUAAUGUGUAUUCAAAUCAGGUCUCUGUGCAACAGCAGAAAAAGAAAAACUCAGGUUACUGAUAAUAGAGACUAGAUUUGAGAAAGUGUCACUUGAUCAGCUUUGCAAAAAAUAGAGUAUAAAUAAAACGGGGGGGAAAGUGAAAGACAGAGAGUGGGGAUUUGGACUUCAAAGAAGAAGAGAAAUUUAAUUUAGAAAUGAGUCAGGGGAUGUAGCAGAUCAGCUUUUCAGCAGUUUUGUCAAUGAGAGGCUUGUAACGACAUUUCUUUCUUUUUUUUUUUGGUACCACCCAGCUGGAAGAAUUAUCUGAAAACCUUUGGAGACUUCUCACUGGACGCACUAUGUCUCGUUUACAACUUCUGGUUGUACUCCUGUGUUGUCUUCCCCUGGCAGCAUGUUUGCGCUGCUACACCUGCCUGUUCCCGGCCAUCUCCCCUCUGGACUGCCUCAGGUUUCCCCAGGAGUGUCCGGCCGGGCAGCGCUGCCUGUCAAGUACAGCAACAGGAAUAAGAGGCUCUCUACAAGUGACGAUGUUCGAGAAGAGCUGCGCCGUCCCCGCCCAGUGUGGGGUGAGUGGACAGAAAUACGCCUCAGGCCUCUACUUCAACUACACCAACAUCUGCUGCGACACUGACCUGUGUAACGGAGCUGUGAGUGUUGCUGCCCUCAGCUGGGGACGAGCGGCUCUCUGCCUGCUGCCUGCACUCGCUCUGCUGCUCGGCUGAACCCUUGGGCCAUGUCUGACAGUGAGCUGGGAGAGAUUAUCUGGAAAAGAUGUGUAGAAAUGUACAUUCGCAGGCACAUGGGUAUGCAUUUGCGUGCCGGUAAGAUUUUAAAAUUCCUGUUUCUAAAAAGAAUUAGCGGUGAACAUGUCUCACAGGUCACCCAGUAAAUAACAACAGUGAUGCAAAAAGCCUGAAAUAUAAUUUUUGUAAAGCCCAAUGUUUAACAAACAUCAUGUAAAAAGGCUUUUAAGACUGUGAUUUGACAGUUGUUUACAACAGUAAUUACCAACCUUUUUGACCAGUGGAAAAAAAACAAAGCAACGUCUGACCUUUAUGAGAAGAAGUGUGAGCUGGGUGAAUUUUUCCUGAAGAGAACACAGAAUUAUGGUACAAGAAAGAAAAAUUGGACAGAAAAUUAAAAAUAAGUGCAUUUUGUAUUAUUCCUUUAAUCAUCUGGUGAUCCUUCAUAUUUCUGACUCCCAGGUUGGGAACCACUGAUAAAAACUGAAAAAAUAAAAGAUCGUAAAAACACUAACCCCACAAUAUACCAAAAUAUAGUCAGUGAAAAAACUACAGAACAAAAUUAAUAUGAUAUUAAACAGUUAAGCUGAUGUCCUUAAAUCAACAUAUCAUUAAUGAUAAUAACAACUUUAAGAGAUGCCUCCUCAGUAUUAUGAGUCUCAUUUGUGCUAAAAUUCUUAUCUUUUACCUUUGUAUUUUUUCUAAGUUAAUGUUCUUGACAUGUUAAUAGAUGUUGCUGUGUGAGAUUCUAAUGAACUGCUUCUACUAGAUUAGAAAUUGUGAAACUUCUUUGACACUUAUUUCUCAACCACCUCAAUGUUAUUAUCCUCCAUAAAUAAUAAAAAAAUAAAAACAUCUGUCACUGUUUGUUAUCAAGGUAUUUUUUAUUGGGACAUUAAUAAAUGUGUCUUUGAAAGAGCUUUUAAGUAUAAAAAAACAUUUUUGCUGUGCUGUUAGUUUGAUUGUCUUCAUUGCCGAUUUGAAUCUACUGAUUUAGUGUCCACACCACUGUUCUGAUCCUGUGGACUUUUAAGUGCAACUGCUUCAGACUACAUAGCAACAGUUUAAGAAAAGACAAAAAGAAAAGGCUAAAAUAUUUGGAGGGAAAUGCAUAGCGGCAGGAAACAAAGUGAAAAGCACAAUAUAGGUCCCAAAACAAAGAAAAAAAAUGACAUGAAGAUAAAAAAAAAAACGAGUUAAAAACAGUGAGGUGAAAAACAAACUAAUGAAAGAAACAUUUUAAAUGAAUAUAACAAGUUAAAUGGUCCC